GACAGCGAUCCAGCAAGCUUGUGGCGGCGUUGUCGAGAACGAGCGCGGCCUUCCUCUUCUUCUCCGUCGUCGUCGUCGGAGCAGUCGCCGUAUCCACUCGCUGGAUCACCACCACCACCACUGUGAGUUGCUACUUGAAGGCUUUCGAUUCGUUGGUUCAUUUUGUUUUUCGGGUUGCCAUGCCGAAAGACUCUGCUACAUGCUUGAUCGGUGGUAGCAGCCCAGCUUCUUGAUGCAAAUGACUAGAAUUUCCCUUGGACCCUUCCUCCCUUCUCAACUAAUCGAGUUCUUAGCCGUGCAAAAGAGAGGCCCAAACUAAUUUUCAUUGCUGCAUGAUUGGCCUUCUAAUGUAACACGAGUACUGUUAGUUGACUUGAGGAACGCCGCCGACCGUCGUCUACUCCUACCAAGGACUACGGCGGCGAUAGAUAGCCGCUCAGCCAUGAAUGCUACUAGAGGUUUGGGGGUUUACUUGACGUUGUAAGUGUCGACACGGUGCUUCCGUCCAUCCCGGUCCGUUAGCCGCCGGCAUGGACCACGGCGUUGAAAGCCGGUAGGUAUGCCGUAUUAGUUUUUUCCUUUCUCGUGUCUGCUUUUGUGUUGUGCCCUUCACGUCACGGUGCCCAUGGACGCACUACGCAUAGUACCACACCACAGGCGCUAGCACCAGCCCCCCUCGGUCAGUGUGACCCGGAGGGUCUGCGGCGAGGUCAUCUUCCUCCCUGCCGUGCCGGCGUGCCGCUGCCGCCUCCUUUUUUGGGGAGAAAAAACUGAAUGAAAACGAAGGGGCCAAAGGAAAAGCGGUAUUUUGAUAAGAUGGCGAGCGUUCACGUAGAAAAGGUAGAGAAAACGAAGGGAAAGACAAGAAGAAAGGAGGGCUCACGAGAGAGUGCACGGGUGGUUGAAACUUUGGAGGUCGGCCGCAGAUGCCUCUCCGGUUAGUCUGUGACUGUGAGCUUUGUUUAGUGAAGGUUUUCAUUCGAUGCUGGAAUAAAGAGGAAGACGACGAUUGGUCUGUGACUUGUGAGAUUCGCUUUCGUCCAGAAAAAGAAAAUGGGAAUGUCCACGGAAUUGGCCAUGGCUGCCGCCGCCCUCCGCUGGCACCGCCCAUGCGGCCAUGCCUCUGCCGGGCCUGCCUCCUAUCGCGAGGCCAAGCUCGGCCGUUGCAAACAAAAAAGGGGAAACAACACUAUGAUCCACUGACAAGUGGCCCCCCACUUACCACUUGUGCAUAUUGAAUAGAAAUAGAGUGGAGGUAUUGUAGUCUGUGGAAAUGAUUUCUUGCUCCCGAGCUCCGUAGGCGAUUUUUAAAUAAUUCGAGAAUAUGAAUUUUAAGUUGGUCUCUUCUUCUAUGAAAAUAUGAGUUUUAAGUUUUUUUUUAAAUAUACAUGUACAUAGAUAUUUAUAUCGCAUUAGUGUAAAUAGUCAAACAUUUUGGCGUACCAUACACAAAGGAAAAACAAUGGACUUUUAUAGUGAAUAGCACUUGUGAUGGAAAUACAUGUUUUUUUAGCUUAUCAAAAUAUAUUUCAUUAUGAAAUUUACAAAAUAUGGUGUGUGUGUGUGUGUGUGUGUGUGUUCAAAAAAACAUAACCCUCAAACCACAUAAUCCAAAAAAAUUAAAAAAAACUCAAAGAAUGCAUUCAGAAAAGGAAAAAAACAGUGCUCCUGCAGGUGCCCAACACAUGCCAGUGACUGGGUGCAUUAAGUGGCGCGCUCUCAGCUCACUGAAAAAAAUGCAUGUUGGGUUCUCACCGACCCCUUAAUUAGUUGCUCCGGUGUUCAAAAAGUAAAUUUUGUUGCUCUCAAGAAAGGCUCUCUGUAUAAUAUUAAAUGGGCUCAUCCUAUACUGCACAUAUGAAUGUCUUUUUAAAUUCAUAAUAAUAAUAAUAAUAAUAAUAAUAAUAAUGUAUUUUUAGGUAGUUGUGUAUAUUGUUGCUCAUUGGAAAAGGAAGAAAGGUUUGACGGUAGUGCUGAAAAUGGUGGGGCAUGUUUCCAUUUGUAUCCUAUUCGCCUUCAUGUUUGGUGACGAUGAGCGCGGAUUGCUAAUGUUGUUCAAGCUGGUUCAUUUUUCGAUAAGAUUUUUCUAUUUUCCAUGCAACCAAGGGUUGUUUGGUUAACGAGUAUUUAGAGAUCUAGUUUUUCUUAAACUCGUCUAGCAGCGUAAUAAACUAAAACUCUGUUUGAUUUUGUCUAACUAACUCAAAGAUAUCCAAAGUUGGUUCUUGUAACAUGCAAAAACUGAGCUUUUGAAAAAACGACUAUUAGUCGUUUUUGUAUAAUCACAUCUUUCCCUACUAAUAAAGCACGGAGUGCUUCUGGUCGUCCGUCGUCGCUGGCGUUUUGCGAAAAAGCCCCUCGGUUUAUAAAAAAUCAACCCGCAGUCCCUGUUUUAGUAUGGGUCUCUAUAUAACAUUUCAUUUUGCAAAAAAAAACCCUGUACUCAUUUGAAUUUCACUCGCUGUCCUCCCGUCAUCUUAUCCAUUCCUCCUGCGGCAACGGCGGCGGCUACGCCCAUUCCGUCGUGCGCCGUCGACGGCCGUCGCCGGCGUGUGGCCACGGCGAAGGUGGUCGGCCCAGACGGCUCUUUGGUGCAGUUCGCGGCGCCCGUCAUGGCGGGCGAGGCGCUGGGGGACGCCGCCAGCGCGUCGAGCUUCCUGUGCAGCGCCGACGAGCUCCGCUUCGACGCGCCCGCCCGUGCGCUGGCGGCCGAGGAGGCGCUGCAGCCCGUGUGGCUCUACUUCGCGAGCUCCGCUUCGACGCGCCCGCCCGUGCGCUGGCGGCCGAGGAGGCGCUGCAGCCCGGGUGGCUCUACUUCGCGCUGCCCAUGUCCAUGCUCCGCCGGCCGCUCUCCGGGCAGGAGAUGGCCGCCCUCGCCGUCAAGGCCAGCUCCGCGCUCGCCGUCGCCAGCGGUCUCCUUCUCAAACAAAGAAACCGUCCCGACCCGGAUUGGAGUUCGCUGCUAUAAGUUGAAUUGUUCUUGGCCCGAAUCAUGAACCAGGCCAGCGCCACCAGCGAGUAGUGCACCGUCGCUUAUGCUCCGCAUCAUGUCGCCUUUGAGUACGCUGGAGGAACAGGCACCGAGUUCGCCUUUGAGUACGCCGGAGGAACCGGCACCGAGUUCGCCUUUGAGUACGCCGGAGGAACCGGCACCGUGUUCGCCGGAAUUCUUGGUCCAGAGAAGCACUCUGAGUCCAACGGUGGCUACAACACAGUUACAGGUAAGCUUCCCCACCGCCGCGGCCAUUCCCGCCGCCGCCGCCGUUCUCCACCCCGAAACACAGCACCCCAACCCAUCACCGCAGUCGACCUCCACACCACCACGACCGCCACCCGCAGCCUACUCCAUCUCUUGCCCCACCCCUCCCGUCCGUCGCAACAUCUCCCACACCACCAAAGCGAGCAAAUCUUCCCAAACCCUGGCCCUCGCGCUCUCCUCCUCAUCCUCCUGCCGCUCCGCCCCCGACCUCCUACCGGCCACCGCCACCGCCGCCCGUUCACCCUCCUACUCCUCGUGCCCAUCCUACUUCCGCUUCAUCCACGAGGACCUCCGCCCAUGGCGCGCGGCGGGGGGCGUCACCCGCGCCAUGCUCGCGCGCGCCCGCGCCACCGCCAGCUUCCGCCUCGUCGUCCUGAACGGCCGCGCGUUCGUGCAGCGGUUCCGCCCGGCGUUCCAGACGCGCGACCUCUUCACUAUCUGGGGGAUUCUCCAGCUGCUCCGCCGCUACCCCGGCCGCGUCCCCGACCUCGACCUCAUGUUCGACUGCGUCGACUGGCCCGUCGUCCGCACGCACCUCUACCGCGGGGAGCACGCCCCCUUCAUGCCGCCGCUGUUCCGGUACUGCGGGGAUGACAGGACGCUCGACAUCGUCUUCCCAGAUUGGUCAUUCUGGGGCUGGCCCGAGAUCAACAUAAAACCAUGGGAUGCCCUGCAUAAAGAUUUGAAGGAUGGUAAUAGUAAAGUAAGAUGGUUCAGUAGAGAGCCUUAUGCUUACUGGAAAGGGAAUGCAGCAGUUGCGACAUCACGGCAGGAAUUGGUUAAGUGUAAUGUCUCCAGCACGCAAGAUUGGAAUGCAAGGAUUUACACUCAGGACUGGUUCAAAGAGAGCAAGGAAGGGUAUAAGACAUCGAAUUUGGAGAGUCAGUGCACUCACAGGUACAAGAUCUAUAUAGAAGGAUCAGCAUGGUCUAUCAGUCAGAAAUAUAUUCUAGCAUGUGAUUCAAUGACACUGUUGGUGACACCAAAAUACUAUGAUUUCUUUUCAAGGUCUCUUAUGCCGCUUCAGCAUUAUUGGCCAGUUCGGAAUGAAAAUAAGUGCGCCUCAAUACAAUAUGCUGUUGACUGGGGCAACUCCCACAAGCAAUUGGCACAGCGCAUAGGAAAGGAAGCAAGCGAUUUCGUUCAACAAGAGGUUAAUAUGGACCAUGUGUAUGAUUACAUGCUCCACCUUUUAACCGAAUAUGCCAAGCUUCUAAAGUUCAAGCCAACUAAGCCACCUGAAGCUGUUGAGGUCUGUCCUGAAUCUUUGGUCUGCCAAGCUGAAGGCACCCAGAAGAAGUUUCUUAUGGAAUCCAUGGUGAAGUCUGCCUAUGAUUCAGGUCCAUGUGAUCUUCCCCCACCUUUCAACCCUCAGGAGCUCACAAUGUUAAAACAGAGGAAAGAAAAUUCAAUCAGGCAGGUUGAAAUGUGGGAGCGCAGAGCUUCAACAACUAGAUAACAUACUUUGGCAACUGGAUUUGCUGAUGUGGCGCAGGCCAAGACCGAUAUCGGUGAUUCACAUCGCUAUUGAGGGCACACAAAGAAGAGACUGUGGAAGCACGGUGAGCGUGUCCGCAUGGUGCGGCCAUGCACGUAUUUCGGGGGCCAAAUAUGAUUUCAGUGAAAAAGGACCGGGACUAACCAGGAUAAAAAAGUUCAGGGUUUGAAUUUCCAGAAUUGAAAGUUCAAGUGUUUGUUUCAGACCGUCUUCAAGUUCAAGGUUGAAACUAGACUUUACACUUCAGAGUGCGAUAUGAACUGCUGAUAUUUUUUUAUGAAAGAUCCAAUUUGCAGUUGUUAA